GAUUUGUGGAUCUGGCAGCUUUUUGGCCUGUAUACUUCGUGCCGCGGGUAUUCGCGUAGUGUUUAGGACGCCAGCUUCUCGCGUCGCACGAACGCGGUGCCGUCAAACGACUCUCAGAACCGCAGCACGGCCUCGUAGUGGCCACAGCUCCUCCACAGCUCCUCCAUACGAUGAUGCUGCGCAGCGCAUUAUUCAUCGCUGGUGCAGCAGCCUUCGCGCCAGCACUUAGGAUAAAGCAGCCGGUGCUCUCCCUCAGGGCGGAUUUGGAGGAAGCACCGCCGGCGCCGGCACCGUUGGACGCCCCGGAGCAGUCCGUCGACGAGGUCGAAACGAACAUGCUGCAAGACUUCACGCAACGCAUGGCUGCCCGCGGCACGGAGUCGAACGUGCGGGACGCCGCGCAGGAAUACGUGGACAGCGUGAAGAGCAACGUCCAGGUCGAGCAGUCCGGCCCGAGCAUCGUGUACGUGGCCGGGCAGGCCGCGUUGCUCCUCCUGCUCUUGGUCGGAGACGUGCCGGUCGUCGGCGGCGCCAUCGAGACGCUGCUGGGCCCGGGCUUGGUCGUGGCGGGAAUCGGCGCCAUCGCCAAGGGCGUGCUUGAUCUGGGUGCGGGGAACUUGACGCCAUUCGCCGCGCCGGUCGAGGGCAACGAGCUCAAGACGACGGGCGCGUUUUCGUACGUGCGACAUCCGAUUUACGGGGGGUUACUUGUUGCGGCGGGGGGUCUUUCCGUAGCGACCGAAAGCUUCCAGCGCCUGCUGGUCGUGUUUCUCCUGUACUUGCUGCUCGACGCCAAGUCGGCAUACGAGGAAAAGGAGCUCGAGCGCAUCCACCCGGCCUACCGGGCGUACAAGCAGGUGACGCCCAAGUUCUUCCCGUCGUUCGAUGAACUUGACGAGAUCCUGGACUGAUGCCUUGUGAGGCGCGCGCCCUAAGGCGGUUUUGUAAAUCCUCGCACGCAUGCAC